AUACCUGCGAAGUACCUGCUGUCCACCACUUUCUUCAUUUAACUUCCCCCUGGGGUCGGCUGGUCUUCAGCAUGCCUUCAACCAAGAACACCUCAAAACUUUUCCUGGUCCUCGUGUCACUGCUGCUGGUGCUGCCAGUAGCUGAAGCCCUGGACGCAGGAGAUACCAUUGCCUUCCUCCUAGGCCUCGCUGUCAGUGUCGUCGGAUUCUGCGCUUGCCUUGGCUUGUAUGCAAGGAGAAGGAAUGGGCAGCAGUGACCUCAAGAAAAUGCUCAGAUGAAGUGAAUUUCCAUACAUGGCUUGGGGUUGGGUGUAAGACUGAGCUUUGGUUCUAGAUAACUUUCAAAAAAUAUGUAGUAGAUACUUCUGCAAACCCCUCUUACUGUUCAGUACAACAAAGACUCUGCCCAGUAAAAGUGAUUUGAAUGAUCUGUCCUCAUUACAAAAAAGAUAAUUUUAUAUUGUUCACGAUUAAAUAUUCCCUUAGGUAAAUAUUGCCAGGUAAAAACUUUUUGAAUGGAGAAGUAAAACUGUAGAGUGGCUCACAGUGAAAGUUUAUAAAUUUAGCACGUGAAGGAGGCCAUCUACAAGUUCUAUAAUUUUGGUUUCGAUGUUUAAUCAGGAGGAAGCAGCUAUUAAUCUUCCAGUCAAGAUGACAAGACUUUUGAAAUUAGUCUUAACUAGAUAGCUAGUGAGCAGACUGCUCUAAGUUGUGUGCUCGUGCUCACGUUCUCUGUAAUGACAGUUUACACCUAACAGCUCACUGCUGCUGUCACACGGAUGAGACUUAAGAGAACUAAGGAAACAUGAAAGGGUUUUGUUUUUUUUUUCUUUUAGAAUAUUUUUAGAGUAUUUUUAUUUUAGAAUAUGCCAUUCUGUAGCCCAUGUUCUUACUACCAAGUAAAUACACCUAAGAAUGAUAUCACAAAUACCAUUUGUAUUUAACAUCUAGUUCAAGUAAAGUACAUGUAAGGCUAUGUAAAUCAGAUUAGGGGUAUGGACUCUGUCUCUUGUUUAUUUUUUGUACUUAUCCUUUUUUCUGGGCACACUAGGUUUAUUUGAUAUUUGUACUUUUUUCUCCAAAACCUAAGUCUUAACUAUUUUGUGUGAGAAAUUCUGUGUAUUUCUGCAUUAGGAGGUUAUUAGAACUAUAAUAAUAUCAUUGUGCACAUGUUUCUUUUACAAUGUUGGAAGAAUUUGUUAAAACCUUGGGCUUAGUCAAUUAGUCUUUUGUCCUUGAGUGUAUUCCUCAUAACAAACCUAUGUUAAUAACUAAUAGGCUUCUCUAACUGAUGCAUAUGACUUCCAUAGAAGGUUUGGACCAAAACCAAAGUAAAAAAUCCUGGUGCAAAAUGGGAGAUGUAAAUAGUCUUAUUCUAUUCGUGCUCAGACAGAUUGUGUGGUCUAUGGUUGAAAGACAGUAGUGUGUCUAGGACCUGUUUCUUUAAGUACCAAAGGUGAAAUGGCUCAGCCAAGAGUGUCUGCCACAAGCCCCUCUGACUUGUUAGGGUGUUCUAGGUUGAACCAAGGAGCACAAUCUGUAACAGCAGCAGAAUAAGGACCAUAGGAAGAUGAGCUUUCCACAGUUCACAGAAUUUCCUUCUGAUCUUGUGCUGUGGACACUGCCACUCUUUGCUAGAAAUCUUGGCUUUUAUCUUUUGGAGUUACGUAUUUUGAUACUAUUCUUCCACUUCCUCUGUCUCUCUGUUCAGCAGAGCACAAAGCAAUGAUUAUGGGCAGGUCUUACAUAAAUAAUUGGGUGGGAAGAUCAUGUUCUCCAAAUCCUGAUUUCUGCAUGCCAUUUUUGCUAGAAAGGGACCCAAUGCACAAUUACUAUGUACAAAUGAAAUUUACAGCCCUAAGAGGAGCUUCAGACAGAAGUAUCACCUUUGAAAGCUGCCUAGCAGCAUAUGAUCCUGCACAUGAUAAUUCCAACUGGGUGGGUGCAAGCACAGAUCAAAAUGUGAUCUUUGAUGUUCCAGCCUACCUAAACAAAAAAAAAAGCAAAAAACAAAUAAAACAAAAAUACCCAAUAAACCCCCUUCAUAAAAUUGCUAAUCAAUUCACUUUAUACUUCCCAAAGUUAAAAAAUUUUGCCAUUUUUUCAGUAAAAUAUUAAGUAUUGCUCUUUCAAUAGAAUACAUUUUAACACAAGCAGAUUUUCACAGACUCCUUUACUUACACUUUGAAAAAGAUCCCUGGCAACAGUUUCACCGCAGGAGAACAAAAUUUUAACAAAGUUAAUUAUCUUCAGAUUAUCUUCAGGCAGUAGGGAUAUGAGACAUAGUGUUUUUUGCCCAAAGCUGUAUGUACUUCACUGAAAGGUGUUUGCACAGCAUAAUGGCUUUGUUUCCUACGUUCUGAUGAAGCUUUAUUGUUAAAGACUUGUAUUUGUCAAUUAUUUGAGUGUAAAAUCAGAUACCCCUGUUUUUCCUCUUAAUAAACUUUGACGUAUGAUUUGUCAUCA